AUGAUGACAGAUUAUCGGAGAAGCCCUGACACUUUUCUCAUUUCGGUUCUCUUUGAAGGCUUCUUCUCUUCACAUUUAGCUAUAUUAGCUGGCUCCAUUUCAGGAAUGGCCGUAUAA